AUGGAUGGUCUCAACGCCAACGAGCAGCGCGAACUCGCCAUGCGCAUGGAGAAGAAGCAGAUGUCGCAGUUCAUGAACAUGUACAGCAACCUUGUCCAGCGCUGCUUCGAACACUGCGUCGAUGAUUUCACCUCGUCUAAGCUCUCGUCAAAGNNGGAGGAGGGUUGCACCAUGCGCUGCGUCGACAAGUUCAUCAAGGGCUCUGAGCGCCUCGGCCAGAGAUUCCAGGAGCAGAAUGCAGCCAUGGCUCAAUCAGGUGGCCUCAUGCGAUAG